GUCAAUCGUCCGAGUUGAGAACCGCAGCGUGCGUGGGAUACCUGAUCAUUUUCAUUGCAACCCUCGCCUCAUCCACACUCUCCGGGAGAGAGCGGUCGAACACAGACGGACAUCUUUCUCAAUUGCCAUUUUACUGGAUUAUAACAACACGAGGAGACGUUAAUAUUUACUUAAGGAGACUGCAUUGGAGGCCUGGAUUACGAUUUUGAAGGGAGCAUAUUUUCGCCAUGGGUACAAAAACACUGCUUUGUGUUUUCAUCAUACUUGUACUAGCAUGUCUCACUGGAGCACAGACCACUACGACUACACCGGGUGUUGAUGCUACAUUAGCGGUAGAUUAUGCUACUACAGCAGAAGCUAAUACAACUACAGCUGCAACAACAGUAGGUGACGCCACAACAGUGAUAACGUCUAGUGAUGCAACUACAGCAACAACAGCAGAUGGUGGACCAACUACAACACCUGCAAGUGGCCCCACCACCACAGCGAUAACAUCUGAUAGUGCACCUGCAGCAACAACAGCGGGUGGCGGUACAACUUCAAUAGCAACAAGUGGUUAUGCAACUGCAGCAACAGCAGGUGGUGAUGCAACCACAGCAGCAGCUGUGAUAACAUCUGAUAGUGCAACUACAGCAACAGUAGGUGGUGAUGCAACUACAGCAGCUGCAGUUGGUGAUGCAACUACAGCAGCGGCAGGUGGUGAUGCAACCACAGCAGCAGCAGGUGAUGAUGCAACUACAGCAGCAGCAGGUGAUGGUGGACCAACUACAACACCUGCAAGUGGCCCCACCACCACAGCGAUAACAUCUGAUAGUGCACCUGCAGCAACAACAGCGGAUGGCGGUACAACUUCAAUAGCAACAAGUGGUUAUGCAACUGCAGCAACAGCAGGUGGUGAUGCAACCACAGCAGCAGCUGUGAUAACAUCUGAUAGUGCAACUACAGCAACAACAGGUGGUGAUGCAACUACAGCAACAGCAGGUGGUGAUGCAACUACAGCAGCAGCAGGUGGUGAUGCAACUACAGCAGCAGCAGCAGGUGGUGAUGCAACCACAGCAGCAGCAGGUGAUGAUGCAACUACAGCAGCAGCAGGUAAUGAUGGGACUACAGCAGCAGCAGGUGGUGAUGCAACCACAGUAGCAGCCGGUGGUGAUGAGACUACAGCAGCAGCAGGUGGUGAUGCAACUACAGCAGCAGCAGGUGAUGAUGGGACUACAGCAGCAGCAGGUGGUGAUGCAACCACAGUAGCAGCAGGUGGUGAUGGAACUACAGCAGAAGCAGGUGGUGAUGCAACCACAUUAGCAGCAGGUGGUGAUGGAACUACAGCAGCAGCAGGUGGUGAUGCAACUACAGCAGCAGCACUUGCUUCAACAGCUGGGGGCACAACGGCAUCACAGACCACAACUGCUGCUCCGCCUCCUAAGACGUUCGAAGGUAACAUGCGGAUAACUGACAUUGACAGUCUACCAGCCAAUUUCACAGACGAGUUGACAAAUAAAUCGUCAGACGCCUUCAAGGAGUUAAGCGAGAAAGUGUGUGCAGCGGUCACAGCUGUAGCAAACGAAUCUUCUAAACUACCGACCGCAGAUGACUGCGAAGUGACGGAGUUCAGGAGCGGCAGUGUGAUAGCAACUUACCGGGUGGUAUUCCCAGCGGAGACUACACUGACAGCGGAUCAGCUGGUGGAACAUAUGGUCACAGCAUUCGCAAACUCAACUAAUCCACUCAUCGCCCAAUUAGGUGUCGACACCUCGUCGUUUACUUUCGAGGAAAUUCUACCACCCACUCAAGCACCAGAUUUGACAACAGUAAUACCAACAGACGGUCAGCCGGUGCCAGUGGGUCUCUCCCCGGGAGCUAUAGCUGGUAUCGUGGUCGGCGCGGUCCUACUCGUACUCAUCGUAAUGGUCAUCAUUGUCUUUGUCGUCAUGAAGAUGAAAGGAAACGGCGCCAAGGUCGCAAGUCAGGACAACAACCCACAACCACCAAGCAACCACGAGUAGCCAACCAUAUCAGACACCGGUGUGCCUUGUGGUUUCUCAUACUUUUCCUCGUGAAAAUAACAUCUUAAUAAAAUCUUAAUUUUUGAUGCACCUGACCCGAUUAAUUGAUGAUCUUCCGAUGCGGUUUUAGUGUCGGAAUGCCAUAAAAUUGAUUACAGAUAUACGGAAUAAUUAUUCAUGAAAAUCCUUUGAAUAAAAACUUUAUCCAAUAAAUGAUGCACAUGCACAUACUAGUUGUAUGGCGUGACCAGUGGUGAUCGUGGUUCACAAAUGCGAAAUAGUAUAUGAGUAGGGUACCCCUUGUUGCUCAUUCAUGACCCGCCCAAUAAUCCAACUGUGAUUGGUGGAUCAAAAUACCCUCUCCAAUUAAGGUAAUUAUGGGCGGUUCCAUAUUUGUAACGUGUUCUCUGAUUGGUUUGUGCAAUUUGUACACAAAUUAUCGACAUCCGAAGUUUGGAACCUGCAUGAUCUUGGACAUCAAAGGCUCUAAGCAUGAAAAAUAGACUGGUGUAAGUGACACAAAUUGAUAAAUGUGACUGCGCAGCCGGUUUAGUCGAAUACAGUUGCUGAUAUGUCUGGGUGUUUUUUAACCACUUUAGAUGGAAGUAAUAAUGAUAGAGCAAUAGGGUUGUAGGGCAAGGUAGAGUUUUUCAAUCAAGGUAUGUUCCAACUUGGGUAUGAAUCAUCAUGACCACGACCGAUCAUUUGAGAGCAGCGGUGCAAAGAGAAAUUUCCUCACAAAUUGUCAAACGUCAGAAGCAAUGCACGAAGCCUGACUACGCAAGUUAAACCCAACCUCGUUUCCAUGGGUACGAUCCUGCUGCGCCAUGUUGGUUCCCAUCAUGCCUUGCGCGUAUGUGAAGGAACGCGCGCUGUUUCAAAGGUAUUUUCCCAUUCUCGUCAAGCCAAUUUGGGACCUGUUUAAAGAUAAUUGACGCCAUUUAUUAAAACAUUAAAAAAAUGAAAGUGUUAAGCAAAGAAAUAUCCUGCCUGAUUGUAUGUAAACAAAACUGGAUCGUAAAUCCUGUUAUAUCGUGGUGUGCCGUCACUUUCGAGAAAAGAGGAAAUGCGCUGUCGACGGAAACAUUUGCUUCGCGUCAAGAAAAAUGAAGAUGCGUUUUCACAGGUUUCUCAAAAAGUAAAUCUACUGAGAUGAAAUCCCGACAGAUUGGUUUAAUAACCGGCUUUCCGAUUUAUUUAUUGUUGUACCUUGAAUCGACAAAAAUACAUUUUUUUGGGGCUGGUGGUGUAUAUUACCUUUAAUGCCCAUCAAAAUUAUAGUGCCUUUUCUUUAAUAUAAAUCAUUAAAAAAAGAAUAACAAAUAUUUAAUUGUUUUUGUACAUUAUAGCUGUGCUUCAGUUUUUAUGAAUAUAGUUACAGUAAUAUGGCUGUUUUUGAGGUUGAAUCAUUUUGUAAAAUAUUAGUGCGAAACAUAACUUAUCGGAAGCAAGUGGCUUGAAGCGUUCAGUUGAGUACACCAUCUAAAACUAAAACUAUAUAGUGAAAUUUCAGAUCUAAAAAAAGAAAAAUAAACUCAAUGUAUAAAACUGUAUACAAAUUAGAAAAACCCACAAGAUUUUAGAAAUGUUAUGAGCUAAUGUGAGUGAAAAGAAUCUUGCAAGAGAGUGUACUUUUUGUGACAAUAUUAACGAGGACUGAAUUAUUUUGUCACGAACGGCACAUCCAUCGCAUACGUAGACAAUCCACUUGCGGCCACUUGCGCUGCUUAACAGUUGGCAGAAAAAGUGUGCUUACUAUACAAAACAAUUAUGCUUAGCAUAAGAGCUCAAUUCAUAGCUUUGAAGUGCUAACGGUCACGCAUGAAUCGAGAUUUCUAUUGUUACCUCACUAAGUUAAGCACAUUUUUUCCUCUAAGGUUAGUGUGCUUUUUGCUGUGCUUAUGCUUAUGGUCUCCGUGAAAUAGACGGAAGGCUCUGUGUGAAAUCAUGCGCUUACCAGCACCUUGACAUUGGACUCUGGUUAAUUAGGAACUAAUUAGAUAAUUAGUGCGCAUAAUGGCUCUACAUUCAGUCCCCAAGGUUAAUGAGUUACUUUGCAAUUACCCUGUGCCGUAUACAACUCUUUGUUUUUGCCCUAAGUGUUUUCCCGUCUGUGCUGCGUAUUAUGUUCCGAAAUUGACCCUUGCUCAAGUGGGCGUGGUUUGUAAAAGAAAUGACGUCGGAAUUUUUAACAGGAUUGAUAUCGCUGUUGCUUGGUGUGGUAUUUUACCCGCAUUAUAGGGAAAUACAUCAUUGUUGGCCAAAAUGAUUUUUUUUUUUUUUUUUUACAAAAAUUGUAGGCCUUUAUAUUUUUGAAUAACCAAUUUUAGAAAUAAGAGGCUACUGAACGUAUUCUGUUAACCCAGUAGAUGACCUGAAAUGUUUCAAUAUAAUUUUCAAACGUUAUACCCUUCGCAAUGGACCAAUCCAGUAAGCUCCGCCCAGUGCGCACGUUGGCAAAUUAACACGUGCUCCUCUCCAAUGCCACGCUGCA